AUGGACAACCAGACCUUCACAAACAAUGUACUUCUUGUGGAGGGACUGAAAGUUACACGUCAGUCCUCCUAUCUUCAUCCUGUCUUCAUCCUGCUUCUCUUGGCUUAUAUCUUUACAAUGGGAUGUAACAUUGCACUUGUAAUUGUGAUCUCAACUGAAAAGAAUCUGCAUCACCCUAUUAAUUUUCUGUUCUGUAACUUGCCACUGAACAAUAUACUAGGGACCACUGUCAUUAUGCCACGCUUACUACAGGACAUUUUAAGGGAAACCUCAGAGCGCUACAUGACAUAUGUGGACUGUGUUGUUCAAGCUAAUUUUGUACAUGUGUUUGCAGCAGCAAGCCACUAUGUGCUGAUGAUAAUGGCCUUUGACAGAUAUGUGGCUAUAUGUAAUCCACUGCGAUACUCAGCUAUAAUGACCAAUAAAAUGGUGAUUAAACUAUCAGCAUUAGCCUGGGGGGUGUCAGUAAUUACAGUGACAAUUCUGAUAGGACUCACUGUACGCCUGUCUCGCUGCAAAUAUAAAAUUGAAAGCCCUUUCUGUGAUAAUGCCUCACUGUUUAAACUGUCCUGUGAGGACAGUGUUUUUAUUUUUCAUUUUUUUUUAAAUAUCAUAUAA